GCUCUAGAGAUUUAGGGGCCUGUGGGUACAAUGUAGAAGCAUACAGCGUACAUCCCCAAUCUUGUCUGCCUGCACCGCCAGCCUAAUAAACGGGAGGGUUAGAAAUGACCGGUGUCAUCUCGGCCUCCAGCUCCAGAGAGAUCUAGCUAUGUGGUGAAGCGAACCCGCCCUUUUGGAUUUGGCGAAGGCAACGUUCUGUGUGGCUUUAAAGGAUGAAGGCCGAGAUAGGGAAAAGAACUUGGUGGAAGAUCGGAGCUUCUCAUUCAGUGGACGUCUCAGCAUCCUGCCUGGCUUCCUGAACACCGGGGCUGAAGAGCUGCCCACACACCAUUUCAGAACGACCAGCUCCGGUAGGACGAGAACAAUGUAGUUAUCUCAGCCGGUCAAGGUGUAGUGUGUGAGAUCUUCAUCCAGAAACUUCGGACACGGGAUGCAGACACGUGGAUGUUCAAGAAACCAUAUAAAGAUGGAGGUUGAUGCAGAUGAAAAACGUCACCGCACACGCUCCAAAGGUGUUCGAGUUCCCGUGGAACCAGCCAUACAGGAGCUGUUCAGCUGUCCUACUCCUGGCUGUGAUGGCAGUGGUCACGUUAGUGGCAAAUAUGCAAGACACAGAAGUGUUUACGGUUGUCCUUUGGCCAAGAAAAGAAAAACACAAGAGAAGCAGCCCCAAGAGCCCGCUCCCAAAAGGAAACCAUUUGUGGUGAAAGCAGACAACUCCUCCGUGGAUGAAUGUUACGACACAGAUGGAACGGAGGAGAUGGACGAAAAGGAGGAAGAGGAGGAGGAGGAGGAGGACUAUUCGGAUGAGGAGCAAGGGGACGAGGACGAGGAUGACGAAGAGAUUGAUCGAGAGGACGAGGAGAUUGAAGAGGAGGAAGAAGAUGAUGAAGAGGAAGGAGAGGAUGUGGAGGAUGAGGAGGAAGAGGAAGAGGAGGAGGAGGAGGAAGAGGAGGAGGAGGAGGAAGAAGAAGAAGAAGAUGAAGAAGAAGAAGAAGAACAUGAAGACCAUCAGAUGAAUUGUCACAAUACUCGAAUCCUGCAAGACACGGAAAAAGACGAUAACAAUAACGACGAGUAUGACAAUUACGAUGAGCUGGUGGCCAAGUCGUUGUUAAAUCUGGGGAAAAUUGCAGAGGACGCAGCCUACAGAGCCAGGACGGAGUCGGAGAUGAACAGCAAUACGUCUAAUAGUCUGGAAGACGAGAGCGAUAAAAAUGAAAACCUGGGUCGGAAAAGUGAGCUGAGUCUAGACUUAGACAGCGACGUGGUAAGGGAAACAGUGGACUCUCUUAAACUCUUAGCCCAAGGCCAUGGCGUGGUCCUGUCGGAAAAUAUCAACGACAGAGGUUACGCGGACAACAUUUCGCAGCAAGAUAAUAGGAAUAUGAACUUUGUGAUGUUAGGGAAGCCCAUGAACAACGGAUUGAUGGACAAGAUGGUGGAGGAGAGUGAUGAGGAGGUUUGCUUGAGCAGUUUGGAGUGCUUGAGGAACCAGUGCUUUGAUCUGGCCAGGAAACUCAGCGAGACAAACCCGCAGGAGAGGAAUCAGCAGCAGAACAUGAACAUCCGUCAACACGUCAGACAGGAAGACGACUUCCCAGGGAGGACACCCGAUAGGAAUUACUCGGACAUGAUGAACUUGAUGAGGCUUGAAGAACAGUUGAGUCCCCGAUCUAGGACUUUUGCCAGCUGCGCUAAGGAGGACGGGUGUCACGAAAGGGAUGAUGACACCGCCUCCGUUACUUCGGACAGGUCUGAAGAAGUGUUUGACAUGACUAAGGGCAAUUUAACCCUUCUGGAGAAAGCGAUUGCUUUGGAGACCGAGAGAGCAAAAGCCAUGAGAGAAAAAAUGGCAAUGGAAGCCGGAAGGAGGGACCUGAGGUCGUUUGAAGAACCACCUCCGCGUCAACUUUCUGGGGAGGAGCGCAAGCCCAAAUCCAGCGACAGCCAUGUCAAAAAGCCAUAUUAUGAUCCCUCAAGAGCAGAAAAGAAAGAGAGCAAAUGUCCAACUCCUGGCUGUGAUGGAACCGGCCAUGUAACUGGACUUUAUCCUCAUCAUCGGAGCUUAUCCGGCUGCCCACACAAAGACAGGGUCCCACCGGAAAUUCUUGCCAUGCAUGAAAAUGUCCUCAAGUGUCCUACACCAGGCUGCACGGGGAGAGGACACGUAAACAGCAACAGGAAUUCUCACCGAAGCCUUUCCGGGUGUCCUAUUGCUGCAGCAGAGAAAUUGGCAAAGGCCCAAGAGAAGCAUCAGAGCUGCGACGUGUCCAAAUCAAACCAGGCGUCGGAUCGAGUUUUAAGGCCCAUGUGCUUUGUCAAGCAAUUGGAGAUCCCUCAGUAUGGCUACAGGAACAAUGUCCCCACAACCACACCUCGCUCCAAUUUGGCCAAGGAACUAGAGAAAUAUUCUAAGACUUCGUUCGAAUAUAACAGUUAUGACAACCAUGCCUAUGGCAAGAGGGCCAUAGCUCCCAAGGUGCAAACCAGGGAUAUAGCCCCCAAAGGAUAUGAUGCUAAACGAUAUUGUAAGAAUUCCAGCCCGACGAGCAGCACGACAAGCAGCUACGCCCCCAGCAGCAGCAGCAAUAUGAGUUGCAGCGGAGGCAGCAGUGCCAGCAGCACAUGCAGCAAGAGCAGCUUCGAUUACACCCACGACAUGGAAGCGGCUCACAUGGCUGCGACGGCUAUUUUGAAUCUCUCCACCCGCUGCAGAGAGAUGCCGCAGAACCUCUCCACCAAGCCGCAGGACCUCUGUCCCAGGAAUCCUGAUAUGGAAGUAGAUGAAAAUGGAACACUGGAUCUGAGCAUGAACAAGCAGAGGCAGCGUGAUGGCUGUUGCACUAUCUUGACUCCCCUAGAGACUAUGUCACCUCAACGACAGGCCGUUAUGAAUAAUCGAUGUUUCCAACUGAACGAAGAGGACUGCUGGGAUUUGCCAGUCGACUACACUAAAAUGAAACCCCGAAGGAUAGACGAAGAUGAUCCCAAAGAGAUUAAUCCAGAAGACUUGGAUCCAUUCCAAGAGGCAUUGGAGGAGCGAAGGUAUCCGGGUGAAGUUACUAUACCAAGUCCCAAGCCCAAAUAUCCUCAGUGCAAAGAGAGCAAAAAGGAUUUAAUAACUCUGUCUGGCUGCCCCCUGGCUGAUAAAAGCAUUCGAAGUAUGUUGGCCACGACCUCCCAAGAACUCAAGUGUCCCACACCGGGUUGUGAUGGCUCUGGACAUAUUACUGGCAAUUAUGCUUCUCAUCGAAGUCUUUCAGGUUGUCCCCGAGCAAAGAAAAGUGGAAUCAGGAUAGCACAAAGUAAAGAAGACAAAGAAGAUCAAGAGCCAAUUAGAUGUCCGGUUCCGGGUUGUGACGGUCAGGGUCAUAUAACUGGAAAGUACGCAUCCCACCGCAGCGCGUCGGGGUGCCCGCUGGCAGCCAAAAGGCAAAAGGACGGGUAUUUAAAUGGCUCCCAGUUCUCCUGGAAGUCAGUGAAGACGGAAGGUAUGUCGUGUCCCACCCCAGGAUGUGAUGGCUCAGGACACGUCAGUGGUAGUUUCCUUACGCAUCGGAGUCUCUCAGGAUGCCCUAGAGCCACCUCAGCAAUGAAGAAAGCAAAGCUGUCUGGAGAACAAAUGUUAACAAUAAAACAGAGGGCCAGUAAUGGUAUAGAGAACGAUGAAGAAAUUAAACAGUUAGAUGAAGAAAUCAAGGAGCUAAAUGAAUCCAAUUCCCAGAUGGAAGCUGAUAUGAUUAAGCUCAGAACUCAGGUAACAAUUACCACAAUGGAGAGCAACCUGAAGACGAUAGAAGAGGAGAACAAAGUAAUUGAACAGCAAAAUGAGUCUCUUCUUCAUGAACUGGCCAAUUUAAGCCAGUCUUUAAUUCAUAGUCUAGCUAAUAUCCAGCUACCACAUAUGGAUCCAAUCAAUGAACAAAAUUUUGAUGCUUACGUGACCACUUUGACGGACAUGUAUACAAAUCAAGAUCGUUAUCAGAGUCCAGAAAAUAAAGCCCUACUGGAAAAUAUAAAGCAGGCUGUGAGAGGAAUUCAGGUCUGAACAGCUGCUGUAGUGGUGGAAAUCUUGCUUAAAAAAAAAGGAUGCCUCUUGUUUUUUGCUGCUGUAAUUUACCAGAAAGUGUUCUAUAUUUAUUUCUGUUUGAAACAGUGUUAUGCUUACAAGACUUCAUGAUGAUUUUAUGUCUUGCUUUGAAGAUAGUAACUGCGGAAUAGUUUUUUGAAUACAUUCACAUUUUGUACGUUUUCAUAUAUGCUGACAUAGUGUGAGAUGCCAUGUAAUGUUUAUAGCUGCUAAUGUAUGCACAUUUUUGGGGUAUAUAUAUUUCUGAAGAGGUAAGCUGAUCAAAAUAAAUAGAGUGUAAAUUCUUUUUAAUGCUUUAGUGAUUAAAUGUUUUAGUAUUUUGAACUGAAAUGGACAAAAAAAAAAACAGCUUUGAAUGACAAUGUUGCGGUCUCUGCAGCCACUUUUUAAACACUCUCAUUUUGCCUCAUGUUGGAGGAUUUUAUGGGAUUUGAGAAAUACAUUUUGUGUGCAUAUUGUUUCAUAGCAAGAAUUGGUUGCAAAAAUGCUUUAUUUUUGAACAAUGCUUGAAAAUGUGUGAUUUUUUGUUUUCAGAGGAUGGUUGUUGGUGUGUGGUGGGGCAAUAAAAUGAAGUUUGGGGGAAGCCGAGGAAAUGGCACGGAUUCUAUGUAAGCUAUGAAAUGGGUAAUUUCAUGUAAGACAACAUCAAGCCAUGGAAACUUGACAGAAGAUUCAAAGCAGCUUAAAGAGCACUUUUCAAUUCACUUCUAAGCAUUACAUGGUAUGAAUACGGAAACUUCCAUUCAGGCGGGAACUUAUCAGAGGUGGACCACAUGAAGAUCUCUUUUCUUUUCAAGAGAACGUUGGAGCAACGUUCUCUUAAAUCCCCAGGAUUUCUUAGCGCCCCUCUGAACUGUCCGUUUUUACGAUGUAGUUCAUUUUCCCCCCGCCCGAACUGGGGUGCUUUCGCUUUAGGACGAAGGGUGUUAAUUUCAAAACAAAGAUGUCCCUUUUUGGCCUUUUAUUUUGCGGGGGGAGGGAGAUGGAUACCAGUUAUUUGUGACUGCUUUAGUUACUGGACUGAAUUCAUCGCCGUUUGGAGCAGGAGUACAGUUCAGUAAAGAAUGUCUUUUUUUCGCCCCCCUUCUGCCCUUCCCCCCGGGGCUCUGAAUAAGGAUUUGAUCCCACAUACGGUACUCUUAGUGACGCUCGUUCUACCUUCCGUUGGAGAACAGUCUUGAAUACAGCAUUCGCAUAUGCUUUAGAUUUGUUUCAUUAUUACCUGUCACAAGAAUGAAUGCAAUCAACUUUUUAAUGUAACCCGAAUAGACUUCAGCACUUUUUUUGCUUUCGGCCUGAUCAUUUUAAGACGAAAACUUAUUCGUAGCUUCGAGAUUUGGUUGUUUUCUUCCAAACGACUGCACUAUACGUAUGCAUAAGAACACUUUUCCUUUCGACACCUUUUCAUUUCUUUCCCCCUCCCGGUAGCCAUUUGGAUGAUGUCUCGUGUUCUCGGAUGUCGGAUUGAUUUCGAUCGACUAGCGUAUCUUUUCCUUCCAUGUCUUGAUGUUAUGCAGAAAGUACAAAAGUGCUUUCAAAUUUUGUUAUGAAAAAGAUGGGUUUUGUAAAAAAAAAAAAAAAUAUUUUUAGCAGAACAGGACUUACAGGGUCAUCGUCCCCACAAUGUGCCAGUUGACGAUUUGCACUUACCUUGUCCUAUUUAUCCGUACGGAGGUGUGCAAUUUCUCGUGUCAUCAGCCUCGUGACACUAACCUGAACAAAUCGUAGCGGAAGCCAUUAUGGCAGAUCCAAUAAUAUUGCUAAGGGAGACAUACAGGGAUCUCACAACAAAUAUUCUGAUACAAUACUCAACCUCGGUAUAUAUAUAUAUAUGUAUAAAUAUAUGUAUAUCCCAGCGGCACUUUAUACUCUUCACUGUACAAAAGCUUACAGUUUUCCACGAGGACUUUAAUAACUAGCUGGGAAAAAACAAGAUUAUGUAAAAUUACUUUGGGGCUCUGCGGGCUCUUAGCGGUAUAGUCCCCUCUUUCUGUUGUGCUUUUAGUUGUAGCUGCCACGCUCAGAAUUGCCUUUUUGAGAGCUGAAGCAAGAUACUCGUUGCUCACCUCUGCCAUAUAUAUUGUACUCUGGCCCUAGCUUCCUUUUAGGGCUAUCAUUGUUCAUAAUGGCAUAUGCAUUUUUCCACUGCAUUGUGUCUGCAGCUUCUUUGCAAUAUAGUAAUGCUUUCAGUAGAGUACUAGAUAGUAUCAGUUUGGGAUUCUUCUUGUUAUCACCUAUGUACAAUGGAAAGGGAUUUUAAGCACAAAUCUGCUGCUCAUCUAAUGUCGGUACAUAAUAUCAAAUCAAAAGUUAUCUGUGACUAUUAUAUAGGGAUCACACACAAAAAAAGUGUCACAUAUUAGAAUGCUGACCUUUCAUAUGGAAUUAUUGUGAGUCAUCAGAGUUUAUUUCUUCUAACUUAUCGUUCAAAUUCAUUUCUAAGUUGAUUUAAGUAAUCAUUUACUAAGACAGAAUUUUGUAUAAACUAUUUAUUGUGCUCUCUGUGGAACUGAAGUUUGAUUUAUUUUUGUACUACACGGCAUGGAUUUGUUGACAUUUUAAUUUUGCUAUAAAUGUGUGGAAUCACAAGUUGCUGUGAUACUUCAUUUUUAAAUUGUGAACUUUGUACAAAUUUUGUCAUGCUGGAUGUUAACACAUCUUACUCUAAAUAAAAAAAAAAAUGUGUUGCCACAUUUGUAGCACAGUG